AAAUUUGGGGGCGAAUCUACUGAAAGUGGGGUCCGGGACCGGGAUUUAAACAGUCAGAGAGAUAUGCGUGCGGGUACCGACUACCUUAUCUGCCUGCUACUGUUAUUUUCAUCCAAUUAUUGGCUUUGUUAGAUAUAUACGCGAUUCUCAUCACCUCUUCAGCUCUCAAGCAACUCUCAGGAGGUCACGGGAAGGUUGUUGCCGUUUUGCCAAAAACUAGUUCUGAGUUGCAGGGAUAUAAGUUUCGGGAAUCCAGAUCCCUUGAAUUGUUUUCGGUUGUAUUCUUGCGUGCCACCUCCUGUUGACAAUUUGUGGGCUACUAUUUCUCUCUCGAAAUCUUGACUGCUUUGUAUCCUUCCGGACUUCAAAAAGCUGAGCUUUUGUGGCGGGCUAAACUGGAGUUCGAUUUUGGCCCUCCUCCUUUACAUUAUUCUUCUUCUUGAGUAUAUAGGGCAAUGUUGAGAAAUAGUUUAAUUUUGUACUAAUGGGAUCACUUCACACCACUGUUCAAUACUGCUGCGUGUCAAAGGGUGAUCGAGUUGUCUACUCUUAUAAUGGCGGAAACCCUGAAAUUGACAACUUGGCGGUAUUAUGCUUGGAGAGAACCCCUUCUUACCACAGAUGGUAUUUUCAAACCAUGGCUAAAAAGACUUUUGGGUUUUUCAUGGAAGACGGCUAUGUGUAUUUUGCCAUUGCUGAUGAGGGUUUAACUAAAAUUGGGGUUCUUAAGUUCCUCCAACAUUUGAGGGAUGAAUUCAAGAAGGCAACUAAGAAGGGUUCGACUAGGAACCUGUCAAAUCUCAACUCAACCUGUUUACAAGACCAACUAGUCCCAGUUAUUCGUCAUUUAAUUGCUGUGUUGGAAAAUGUCUCUAGGACCGGUGCUGCUGAGCAGCAGCUAGGAGAGACUCCUCCCUAUCACGCCGCUGAGCUCACUCCUUCACCUAGUAACCACGGACCUGGCACAUCCGAAGCUGGGGCUUCGACAAAAGCCCCUUUAUUGGGCAAGUCUAGCAAACAAGAGAAGAAGAAGAUGAAGGAACAUGUAAUUGGUAUCAGGGAUAUUGAGUUGGAGGAACACCGUAAAUCCACAGAAAGAGGAGCUAGGGUUGAUUUGGGAGCUUUGGACGCUAACAACCAGGGUACAUCAGUUUCUCCAGUAUCAUUGCAGAAGGAUUUUGGUUCAAUGAGGUUCAGGUCAAAUUCUCUAAAUUUCCGGAAAAGAUGGUGCCGUCAAGUGAGGAUUGUCCUUGCAAUCGACAUAGUGGUGUGUCUUGUGCUAUUUGGGAUUUGGUUAGUGAUAUGCGGGGGUGUUGAGUGCAUACAUUGAAAUUCUCUUUCAUGUUUUUGUGCUGAAAUCAGAAUGUCCCCACUCAGAAUGGAUGAUAAUGAGAGAGUUUAAUUUGUUUGUCAAAAGUGCUUGUCAACUACUCGGUCCACUAUUGUUGGCUAUAUUGCUACAGCUAAUCUAAGGGCGUCGAUACUUAUGGUACAAAUUGGAUUGUAGCUCUUUGCAUCUGAGUAAGAAUCUCCCUUGUAUAUAGCAUACACUGAAUAUCUAGAAAUGCUAGUGCUGGCUGCUGUAUAUGGUAGGAAGUAAUUGUUGUUGGGAUGUGUUCCAAAUUUGUUGGGGUCACACACCAGUUUUCUCAAUGAACUCUUGGACUUUCUUCCAAAAUGGCCCAUGCUUCUUUUAUAUUUGUAAAAAUGCAUUCCACUUUAUUUGGUUCUUGUCUUUCA